AUGCUCUGUUCCAACAGCUCCAGUGGGACCAUACCCCUUCGACGUGUGUCUGCCGUGGGUUUGAUCGCUGCUUACCUGGUGACACUGCGACUUCUCCCUGAGGAGCCAAGAAGCAGACGGCUCAUGACUUCUGACCAGGACACGAAAGUUGUCGCUGAACCCCAGGUGCAGCACGUGCAAGAGGCAAAAGAGAACGCUCAUUUGGAAUCCGCCAAGGUUUCAGACCUCAACCCCAAUGCCAAAGCAUGGGCCAACCACAUGUUUAGCCUGGAGCCCAGUGGCAGCGCAGACAGCACACAGCCAUGGAAGGACGGCUGCGAGAGCCCAGCCGACACCGGAACAGAGGGGUUUGAAGCCAUUGAGGAGAAGGCCUUCAAGGAGCCCCUGGUGACAGAGCCAGAUGAGCCUCCUCCAGUGAUGCUGGCCGACCCCGCCCCUGUCGCCUGUGAACCCUACACAGAGUUCAGUGACCCCGGGCAAACUGUGCACACAGGCAGUGACGCGCUUCCAGAGUCUCCUCAGGAUGGACUGAGGGAACACCUGAAGAAGACGCUGGAGUUCUGCCUCUCCCGGGAGAAUCUGGCCAGUGACAUGUACCUCAUCUCACAGAUGGACAGUGACCAGUAUGUGCCAAUAGUGACUGUGGCCAACCUGGACCAUGUCAAGAAGCUCAGCACCGACGUGGAGCUCAUCGUCGACAUUUUACGCUCUUCGCCGUUGGUCCAGGUGGAUGAGAAGGGAGAAAAGGUGCGGCCCAAUCAGAACCGCUGCAUCGUGAUCCUCCGGGAGGUCCCAGAGAGUACACCUGUGCAGGAGGUCGAGUCUUUGUUCAAAGGGGAGAAUCUUCCCAAGUUCAUCAACUGUGAAUGUGCCUACAACGACAACUGGUUCAUCACGUUUGAAUCAGAAGCAGAUGCACAGCAGGCAUAUCAGUAUCUCCGCGAGGAAGUGAAGACCUUCCAGGGAAAGCCUAUUAAGGCGAGGAUAAAGGCGAAGGCAAUCGCCAUCAACACUUUCAUGCCAAAGAACGGUUACCGGCCGGUGGAGGUGAACCCUUACGCCCAGCGCCCGUACACGUCCUACUACAUCCCCCCGGUUUACAGCCCCCAGCAGCAGUUCCCCCUUUACAGCCUCAUCACUCCACAGGCCUGGUCCACCACGCACAGCUUCAUCGACCCUGCACUGGUUGCACCUUUUCACAACAACCAGUUCCUAAACGGUUUCAACGGCUUCAAACCAGCCACCACUCCGCUCACCGUCAGACACUACUCGCCCAGGAACAGGAAUCCCAGUAAAUCGCACUUGCGGCCCGCGGUGCCCACAGUGGACCGCAGCCCUGGUCUCCUGGACAGUCCGGGCCUCUUCACCAGCUUCUCUAGUGAGCGGCUGAACGGCAUCCGCAGCAGCCCCCCCACACGCCUCCCCACGGCCCAGACCAGGAGCCGGCCGCCCUCCACCACCCCCUUCCCCCGCAGAGACACGGUGGGCACCGGGAGGGUGUCCGAGCCCGCCACCAACGACUUUGGCAUCGGGAGAGGAAGGAAAAAGAGGGACGAGAAGUUUACAAGAGUGACACCGCCGUCACCGCCCCCCAAACCCCCAUCUCCGAGGCUGGAGUUGGGCCUGUCCAGUUUCCCUCCUCUCCCUGGAGCCGCCGGUCAGCUCAAAACAGAAGAUGUGUUUGAGAACCGACUGGUCAGCAGCGUCGUCAGCGGCAACGUCAAGGAUCGGAAUGUAAACGCAGAAUCACACUCUGGAGCCAUUUCUCCUUCAGGCCCCAAAGAGUCGCAGCCAUCGUCCACUUCCCCCAAACCCAGCAGCCUCCAGCCAUCAGCAGUCACCACGACAACCACACAGACUCCCAACGCCGCAGGACCGCCGCUUCCCCUCGCCGCGGCUGCCUCCACAGUCGAAGUGAAGGCGGCGGCGGUGAAGGAGACGCCUUCAGUGGAGCGUGUUCCCGGGACGCUCUCUACUGCCAGUAAAUCUGUGCAGGUCAAUGGAGCCGCCACAGAGUUGCGGAAGCCAUCCUACGCCGAGAUCUGUCAGAGAAUCAAAGACUCGGCGUCCUCAUCACAGACCUCUUCGAAGGAGCACAAACCCGAGAAGUGCUCCGAGGGCCCCCACCCGGCAGCGACCCCCGACAACCGGCCGCAAAGAGAAAACCAACAGCCUUCAACGGGACGGACGCCGCGGGACGCUCCUCGCCGACGAUGGGCCUCACCUCCUCCACUUCCAGGGAAAAGCAACGUGAAAGACGCCCACCACACGCCGCCCAAGUCCCCCCAAUGA